CUGAUCCUGUCCCACAGAGUCUUCAACCCUAUCUUCCCUGCGCAAAAUGGCUCCACGACGAGGUGGUGGUGGAGGAUAUUCCUCCGGUUCCCUCAGCGACAGCUGUCCUGGUGGUUUCGAGACCUGGUAUUCCCAGGCCUCGAUCGCUUUCCCUGCGCUCUACUGCGUGGUUUUUUUGGUGUUUUUCUUUGUGACAGGGCGUCGGGCAAGGAAGGCAAAGGCUAGUGGUCUGGCCCAAUUUCUGACAUAUCUGUCUCUCACCUUCGCUUUCGUCCACGUGGUCCUGCAAAUUGUCCUCAUCGCCCUGAGGCAAUGCCGCCGCAUUGACUCCAUCAACUACAUGGCCGGCUCGAUAGCCAGUACUUGGAUGAUUUCGUUGAUGUUUUACUCUCUCUUCGUGCUCAUCCUCGCUCCCAUAUGCAACCGAGUGAACAACGGGUCCCCCCCCGUCAAGAUUGUCAGCAUCAUAUUUCUGGCAUUGCUGGGUGUCGUUAUGAUCGUCUACCUGUCCAUCAACACCCGGCUCUUCCAUGGUGAGAUGACCGGUGACCACGACGUGGAGAUCGAACUCCUCGUCCAUAGUGUACGACUUGGUACAGCUUACAAUGCGGUCGAGCUGGUCGCGAUGCUCGUUGCCGCAGGGCUAAUCCUGUCCGCGAUGUCUCGCGCCGCCCAUCUGCGCGCCAAGCCCAUCUUCAUCUCCCUGGUCGCUCUUGUCGUGUCCGCCGUCGGCGUCGGCGCCAUCAACUUGGCAACCAACAUCACCAACAACUACACCCGGAGCUAUUAUUGGACCGAAUCGGCUGUUGCAUCGUACAUGGCUCAGGUGUUUCUCCAAUAUUUCUUCUACUCGUGCGCGUUGCUGAGCGCGGUCUACGUGUGGUCGUCGGAUCAGCUCGAUGGUGCGCGGUUCAGCGUGCCUCCUCCGCCCCAUCCUCCUCAGUAUCCCGGGGACAUGCGGGGUGUCUAAGGGCACUUCCAUUUAGAGCAUAUUUUCCUUUAUCUUUGAUUUGUUUCUCUGCCUAUACCCCAUAUGCAUGAGGACAUGUGAUUUUGUCCACGAUUUACGUAUCUGUUUAAUUAAUUCAAU